AUGGCAGAAGCAGCAGGAUUGUCAGUUGCGACCGCAGCCACCGACUCCUACUCCAGAAUGCAUCCCAGACUCGAGUCGUCCAGGCUACCGUCCAACUAUGGCGGUAUGGUGUUUUCUAGCGGUAUUGAGUACGGUGCCGAUAUCGAUCAGCCUCCAGGAAAACGACGUCAACUGGAUGGCCUAAAACCGGGUCUGAUUGCUGCUCGCCAGGCUAACGGACUACGGCGUCCGGAUGGUACCACCCUCAAACGCCUGUUGGGAGCCGAUAGCGCGCAGAAGAGCAAGAAGGGGGAACUGUUGGGAGGGAGAACAAAUCCAGGACUGCUACGACAAAAUGAAUCGUCACCUACGAAUAACGACCCUUCCUUCCCACAAGUCAGCGCCUGGAAGGAAAGGCAUAUUGGGCGUCCACAGAGAGACGCCAAAGAGAAACACACGGUCAGCCAUGCAUGUGUCUACUGCCGCCGCUCGCAUAUGACUUGCGAUGACAAUCGUCCCUGCAAACGCUGUAUAAAACGGAACCUAGGGCAUCUAUGCCACGAUGAGCCACGAAAUCGGCCCAAGAGCUCAAGCAGCGAAUAUGAUCCAUCGAAGACAGUACCACCCCAACGGCAGACGAUCCAGCAGCAUAUGGCAGAACUGCAGCAGCAGCAGCAGCAGCAGCAGCAGCAGCAACGCAAUCCUCCGAGCCCAUACAACGAACUUGGUAGGCACCAAGUCGGUCAACAAAUGUGGCAGGGAUCAUACGCCGGUGGCGCACCCUCAUACCACGACAGCGCUUCGCUUCAGCAAACCGCCAAUGUUUGGCAGCCACUGCGCGAGUCCAUACGUCAACUUCGAGAGGAGAGUGGCCAGCACUCCUCGUCGAAUGAGUCAGCGGCAUACCAAGCUUCCCUCGAAGUUGUCUUUCCUGCCCCCCAAAUCACCAAUAAGAUCAGACAGCAAAACCCGAACAUGUCUGACAUAAAAGCACAAGAGCUUGCCUCUCAAAACCCCCAGAUAUGGCAGCAACAAGCCAACCAAGGUGGUCGUCGGGUGCGCCACGAAGUGAGAGGACGACGGCGACUUGAUGGACAUAGUGUAAAGUCGACAUUUGGAAGCUCCACACCCCAGCCGCUCCUACCGCAGAUCCACGCCCUCCGUUCCGUCAAAUACACUAUAUCUGAGGAUCUGAGUGACGACCGCGCUCUCUCUCGAGCCAAGCUAUGCGCUUUGUUGGGGCACCGGUCGUGGGAAGUACGCAAGAGCCCAUCCAACGGAUUCGGUUUGUCCAAAGACAGGCUGAUCGCGUUUCGAGACUCUACCCAAGUUGAACAAAAUAACACAGGGAGUUCAGGAAUAGAUAUCAUGGUCCCGCCUGAGAACGGGCGUGACCGGUACGGAACCCUUUCAAACGGUCCGGGCUUCCACGACCAACUGUCCGCCUUGUCCCACCAUCGAGAAGUACAUGGCCGCUUGCCCGAUGAGAACAAUGACUUUUUAUCGCUUGCCUCCGUGGGUUUCUAG